AUGCCGUCUACAUUUCGCAGUGAUCUGUGGGCGCAGGCACUCGGUGGCGGCCAGUCGAGCCACAGUCCCACCGUCAAGACUGGCUACGACAAAGUCCGAGGUGCUUGGAUCCAGGUUCUCGGACAAUCGAAGCAAUUCACCAACGAUAUACAUUCAGACGGGGACGGAAAUCUUGUUGGAGUCUUUGGCGAGGCCGAGGUCGUCAUCGACAAUUUCACGAUGGCCAAAAUCGAGAGCCUCAAGAAGAAGAAGAAUGAUGCCGUCAAACAACGUCCAGCUGCUGCGGGCAACUCCAGGGGAAAACUAUUAUGUGGCCAGUGGGGGUCCAAUGAAGUGACGGUGAAAAUCACAACAGAACGGAUCAACGGCGUCAACAAGACUGGCAAGUUGGCGCGCAUCUACGUGGACGGCAGCACGAAGGCAUCUGUACCGCUUAGGACUGAGGAACUGGCCAAGCAGUGCACUGACUUAGCUAUCGCGAUGGCUCGUAAGCUGUGUGCUGGUAAGUUUCAGGAUACGGAUGAGCUCAAGGCUGCAACUAAGGACGCUGCGCCUGCCCCCGCGAUCGGCACGCAGGACGAGGCGACGCUACCUGAUGCCUUGCCGCGCCCGACCUUCAGCGAGGCGACGCUACCUGAUGCCUUGCCGCCUCCGACCUUCAGCGAUGCGACGCUACCUGAUGCCUUGCCGCCUCCGACCGCCAGCCAGCUGCAGAGUAUGGUCGAUGCCGCUGCUCUUGCUGUUCACGGCGCAGGCUCGCAGCCGCCGAGCGCGGUGGCGUCCGAGGAGCAGGCGACUCAGCCCGCUGGCCCCCCCAUCGCCAACGGCGACAGCGGCGACACCCUCGACCAGCAGCAUGAGACACCAGCCAUGGACAUGGAGCUUGAGGAGUCGCUCGGCUCGCUGGAGAGCCUGAGCACUGAGAUCUGCAGGGAGGCGGCGGAGGCGACCAAGGCGACGCAGGCGAUCUCGAAGCUCAUCCAGGGGUUGGAGGCAUCGAUCAAGAACGGGGUCCCAGCACGGACGCCAGAGUAUUCUCAGUUCUGCAGAGCCCUCGACGAAGAUGAAGACCUGCAGAAUCGAUACUCCGCAUGCCAAGGUCGGACCUCGAAAGCAGCUUUUAGGGAGGACUGGGCCAAGAAGAAAGUUCAGGUGCUCAACGAAAAAGUAUCCCAGAAACAAGUGUCCUCGGAAAUCGACUGGCAGCACACGCACAUGCGGAGCUUGGCUCAGAUUGCCGACAAGGAGAAGGACCAGCAGGUGGCGCUCAACAUCGCCAAGACGUGCGUGAAGUUAGGGCCCCCCUUCAUCAAGUGGGACCCCUCGGGCAAGGUGUGGAGGUUCGCCCACGCCGAGGAAGGCUUCACCGAGAAGCUGGAGAAGGCCUGGCAGGUCAAGCAGGACCUCGAGUCCGACGGCUCGCCGAUGAAGCCCGCGGGCGGCGGCGGCGGGGGGGAAGGGCCGCCUCCGAAGAAGCCCCGCAAGGACAAGGGGAAGAGCAAGGACACGACCAGUGCACCUGAGCCGCCAAUCGAGAACUCAAAUCCCGAGGACGUGAGCAAGGUGCAGCUUCAACAGGCCGACAAGGACUGCAAGGAUAUCCUCGACAUGUACCGCACUGCCACGUCGAAAGCAUCCUCCAUCAUUGAAGUGAUUAACAAGAAUGACGAGGAGUGGAAGUGGCUCCAGAAGGAUAGCCCCUUGGCGACCAACUUGCAGAAGAGCUACGACACGAGCAAGACCUCUGCACCUGGCAUCCUUAAGAGCCUCCUCUUCGGCAAGACCAUUGCGAAGGUCAAGAAGGACCUGGGCAAGAAGCAGUACGUUGCCGAGGCCACUUCCAUGCGCACUACCAUGAGCCCGCUGCUCCAGAAGCUGGCCACGGAGGCCGACGGGCUGAACACGAUGCACGCGAACAGGCCGAGACUGAGUUGA